AUGGAUUUUGAUUUUAUUGAAGCUCAAAACUCAUUUUAGUUCCUCUAGGAGUAAAAAAAGUUACCAAUAAAGAUUUCCCAUAAGUUAGAGCUGCUUUUGGAGUGCUUCAAUAACUAAGAUAUUGAUACUUCAGUUUUCCAUUCAUUAGAAUUAGAAGAGUGUUAAGCAUUGAUGAAGUUGAAUAAACAUGCUUAAAAGGAUAUGUUUAUGUAAAUCAUUAAAGGAUUAGCGUAUGAAAACAUGAUUCCAUCUGCUAUUGGAGAAAUCAAAGGGAUUAUUGAUAUUAGAACAAAAGUGUUGAAAAAUUGGAAAUAAAAAUAGUUUAAGAUAGACUCUAAAUAAAGAACCUUUGAAAUAUUGAGAAAAAAGAGCAGUAAGAAGAAACCACGAAUAAUCUACCUCUAAUUUUACACUGUUUAGCCCUAAGAAUUCAAAGAUAAGCGUUAUCGAUUCGUUAUUCUAGCCAAUUCUGAAGGUCAUGGUUAUUACAAAACAUUGGUCUGUGGAUCAGAUGAUAAAGCACUCUAUGACAAAGUGAUACAAGCACUUAAAACUAUAUCAUAGUUUUCAGAUCAUGUAAUGAGGGGAUCAAUCUUACUUGAAUCGAAUGAUUUUAAUCACUCUAGAAUUAAUACAAACUAAUAAUCUUUCAUUACAACUAGGCAGGAUAUGAAAUUAGUGACUUAAUCAGAAAUUAUUCCGCAAAAGUAAAAUACCAAUGUUAAAAUUACUAAAUAACUCGAAUCAGAUAUAAAGCAAAAUCAAUUAUAAUUAGAAAAAUAGAAGUAAUAAAAUGUAUAGCAACAAUCGAAUGUUAGUUAACAAUUUUUAUAGAAUGAUUCUCCAGCGAAAUAAUAACAAUAAAGCAUAAAUACUUAAUAAUAAUAUUCAUAACCUGUUCUUAACAAUUAGAAACAGAAUCAAUAAUAACAAUAUCUAUAAUUAUCCCAAUAAUUUAUUUAAGAGUAAUAAUAAUAAUAGUCAUCACAACAAUAUCCAUAACAAUAAUUACAAUAUUUGUAAUAAUAGUAACCUUUAUAGCAACAAUAAUAAUAUUAAUUAUCAUUGUAAUAAUAGGAAUAGUAAUAGUAGUAAUAGUAGUAAUAGUAGUAAUAGUAGUAAUAGUAGUAAUAGUAGUAAUAGUAGUAAUAGUAGUAAUAGUAGUAAUAGUAGUAAUAGUAGUAAUAGUAGUAAUAGUAGUAAUAGUAGUAAUAGUAGUAAUAGUAGUAAUAGUAGUAAUAGUAAUAGUAAUAGUAGUAAUAGUAAUAGUAGUAAUAACAAUAACAAUAACAAUAACAGUAUGAAUAAUAAUUAUUGUAAUAAUAGGAAUCGUAAAAAUAUCGAGAGGAAUAACAUAAAUUAAUAUAAGAAAGAUUAUUUUAAGAAUAUUAAAUUGAGUAGUAAAGACGAUAAUAAGAAUUAUUAAAUUAAUAAUUGUUGGAAAACGAGCCCGAAUCAAAAUAAAAGAACUAUCCUGUUUUAUUCAAAAAUGAAUUGAAGUAUCCAUAAGUUUUUCAGUUGCUAUUUGAAGAGGGCAAAUUUCAUUAAGAUUAUUUUGUUUAAUCAACGAAAUAAUUUACUCAAGUUUAUUCUAAAGAUGGAGUAUAAAUUUUAAAGGACUAAAAUAAUUCCCUCUGUUUCAGAUCAUCAUUAACCAUUUAUAAUGGAGAUAUCGAAAAGGUAUUUUAAUGUUUAGCUGAGAUUGACUUUGUAAAAAAAUGGAAUGCUGUUAUCAAUCCUAAGGAAACUAAAUUAUUAAAUAUGAUGUAGAGUGAGAAUUGCGGAAUAAUUUAUGAAAGACAUAAACAAUAUGGUUUACUUUAUUUGCCGAGGGAUUUUGUUUACCUUAGAUAUGUUACAUAUAGAGGAGAUGACAUUCUGAUUGUGGAUAAAUCAAUAGAGAAUGAAGACGCUCCACCAUAUGUGAAAGUGAUAAGAGGGGAAAUUAAUUACUAAAUAAUAGAGAUUGUCAAAAAUGAGAAUAAUAUCAUAGUAAGAAUUGAAUCGGAAAUGACAAAUGGUGGUCUAUCAUCUGUAAAUUAAGACAGUGCGAUCACUUAAUGGUAUUUAAGUGAACUUUCACAUUUUUAGCAAUUUUUAAAGACAUACUCUGCUGUUAAAGAAAUAAUACAAUCUCCUUUUUUACAAGUUUUAAGCAAUACAAAAGUAAAUAAAUAAAAGGAAAAUAUAAUAAUCGAUUAAGGAGCAUCUAGUUUUCCCAACUAAGAAUUAAUUUACUCUCCAUAAAAAAUAUAAUAAUCACUAAAUGUUUAACAAUAAGAAUAUUUGAGCAUUCCAUAGCAAUAAUAAUUCUUUAAAUAAGAAGUCUACUAACCUUCUCCUGUAACUGUUGUUUAUGAAGAAUAGUUCAAGUUUGAUACAUUAAAUGAUACUCAUGCUAUAACUUUAGAUUAGCUCCCUAUAAUUGCUACAGUGCCAGAAACUGUACCAGUGAUCAUUGAAAAUAAUAAUGAGAUAUAAUAAUAUAAUAAAGAUAUAGAAGAUGCCGAUUUAAGUAAUUACACUCCGAGUGAUUUCAUUUAAUAGACACUACCAGAAUUAUCAGAUAAGGAGACUGGUUAAGUGAAACAAAUGAUAAAAAAUAUUGAGCAAGGUAUUUAUGAUUACACUGCUAAUUGUAUCACUCAUAAGUAUGUUAAUGAACCUUAGAAGGUCAAAGAUGAAUAUAUUAAUUAGAUUAACGAAGGACAUUACUUUUUAAGAUAAGAUUGGAAAAGAGAUAUGAAACAUGGGGGAAUGAUUUUUUAUAAUUAGAAGAAGAUAGAGGCUUAAAAAAGGGUUAUUAAAUUUAUGUUAAAAUCAAUAGGAUCAAAUCUAUUAUCUGGUAAGUCAAUCUUAAAUAUCUCAUUGCCUGUAGAAGUAUUUGAAAGCAGAUCUAAUUUAGAGAGGUUUUGUUAUUCAUUUACUUUUGCUCCUUAAAUCUUAGAAAAGGCAGCUAAAAUUGAUAAUAUAAUUGAAUAAAUGAAGUAUACAAUCGCAUUUGGAUGCAGUUCAAUUAUAAUGUAUAUGUCCCUGGAGAAACCAUUCAAUCCUAUUUUGGGAGAAACUUAUUAAGGCUUCAUCAAUGGAUGCCCGGUUUAUGCUGAGUAGGUGAGUCAUCAUCCCCCAAUAAGUGCAUUUUAAUUGAAAGGUAGGGGCUACGAUAUUGAUGGGCAUAUUGAAUCUGCAGCCAGUAUGCAUGCAAAUAGUGUUACCGGAAAAGACAUUGGAUUUAUAAGAGUGACAUACCACAAUACGAGAUCAAAGCAAAUCUUUAUUCAAUGUCCAGGAGUAUUAACUGGAACUGCAUUUGGAACAAGAAUAUUUAAUAUUAAUGGAAGAUCAUAUACAAUUGACUUGGAAAACAAUUUAAUUGCAGAUAUGGCAUUUAAUCCUGGCAGCAAGAAUGUAUUCAAUAAGAAAGAUUUAUUGCAAGACUAAUUUAUUGGCUAUUUAUACAAAGUAAAACCUGGAGUAUUAAAUAAAUAUAAAAAAGAAGGAUAUGCAAAAUAUUCUGGAAUUGAUUUUGACAAGGAUGUUGAAUAAAGAUUUUUUUCCAUAAAUGGUGUUUGGAAUUAAAUGGUCGAAUUUGAUGGAAUUAAAUUAUUUGAUACACUUGAGAUGAAUCCGCAUGUGAUGGUUAAUCACCCAUGUCCUUUGCCAUCAGACUCAAAUUUCAGAUUGGAUAUUCUUUACUGGAAAUUGAGGGACUUUAAUAAUUCUCAAAGAACUAAGGAGAUCUAUGAAGUUAAAUAAAGAAACGAUAGAAAAUGCAGAGAGAAACUUACAGGAAAGAAACAUUGAGAUUUUGUAUUGUAUAAUUUUAAUAUAAAUAUUUUGCUCUUGAA